AGCACAACCAACAAAUUAAACACAUUGCAAAAGCAAAAAUGGGAUCCCUUAUGGCCUCCCUCACACUUCUAAUCGCUUUAGUGUCUGUCAGCUUGCCUUCUCAAAUAUGCGCCGACCGCUACGUCUACUCAUCUCCUCCGCCUCCCAAGCACCACCAUUCUCCUCCACCACCGGUUUCCGCGCCGCCUCCACCAGUGUACCCUGCACCUCCACCUAAGGAUAGUGGAUCUGAAGUCCCCUCUCCACCUCCUUCUCCACCACCAACCCCUUCAUAUCCUCCUCCUCUUUCUCCGGCGCCAAGCCCUUCACACGGUGCUCCUCCUCCAGCCACUCCUCUUUCUCCGGCGCCAAGCCCUUCACACGGUGGUCCUCCUCCCGCCACUCCUCUUUCUCCUGCCCCAAGCCCUUCACAUGGUGCUCCUCCUCCCGCCACUCCUCUUUCUCCGGUGCCAAGCCCUUCAUACGGUGCUCCCCCUCCGCCACCGCUUUCUCCAUCCCCAAGCCAUCCACCGCAUCACUCUCCUGCUCCUUCUCCUUCCCCUAUCCCAAACCCUAUUUAUCCGCCACCCCACAAGCCCUAUGUCUAUGCUUCACCACCACCUCCUCCUUACUACUACUAGAAUACCUGGCUUUGCAUGGCUUCCAUCUUUCAAUUCACUCCAUGUUUUUGUUUUUUUUCCCCUUAUAUAUGUUGAGAAAUUCACACUGUCAUCAAUUUAGUUUAUGGCAUUUUACGUUUGGUGCAUCACUACAUUGGGGUGGUUCACGCCCUUGCUUAUGAAGUACAAAUCAGUGUAUAUCACGUGCAUGCAUAUGCAUGCUUUGUUGUAGUUUUCAACCUGCUGCCUUUGCACAGGUUUUUGAAAACCAACCUAUCAUAAUAAUAAUAAUAAUAAUAAUAUCAUAAUUUCCUCUCU